CUGGGCUCACGUGGAAAAUUUCUGGAACAGCUCAGACGCGUCGAGACUUUCAACUUGCAAUUGAUUACAUUGCGUCCUACGACCACUUCAUCCACGCUUCGCCAUGUUCCCCAAAACCAAGCAGCGCCGCCCCAUCACUGGGUCCUCCAAUCUACAUCACACUCCUUCCCCAUCCUCUCGUCAACCUUCCUUGACCGAAGAUCAACGACAGGAGAUCAAGGAGGCCUUCGAGCUGUUCGACUCGGACAAGGAUGGCGCGGUGGACUAUCAUGAACUCAAAGUGGCCAUGAGGGCACUAGGCUUCGACUUGAAAAAGGUGGAGGUGGUGGACUUGCUGAAACGGUACGGUGGAGAUGAUGGGUUGAUGGAUUUCGAAGCGUUCCAGAGGAUAAUGACGGAGAGGAUCCUCUCCCGUGAUCCGAUGACUGAUCUCAAGCGGGCGUUCGCACUAUUCGACGACGACAGGACAGGGAGGAUAUCGCUGAAGAAUUUGAAGCGAGUUGCAAAGGAGCUCGGAGAGAGUCUAGGAGAUGAGGAGCUCUCUGCCAUGAUCGAAGAAUUCGAUCUGGACGGGGAUGGCGAGAUCAGCGAACAAGAAUUCUACGCGAUCAUGAUGGAUGGAGAGUAGCGGAUAUCCGACGAAAAGUUGUACUGAUUCUAGCAUGUAUCAUAAAAA